AUAACAGUCUUUAACUUCAAAUCCCUGUUUCCCAUUGCAGUAUUGCACUGUAUCCAUUUGUCAGGACAGGACAUUGGAACUUUGUACCCCUGAAUGAUACUACUACCCUCACCAGUAAAGUUGCUUAUUUUACAGUUUCAACACACUGUUUCAGUGUUAUCAUUAGGUUUAGUCAAAUUGAUCUGCCAAAACAAAUCAAACCUUCUCCGCAGUUUCCUAACCUCGAUAUUAGCUGUAAGCUGCUUUAGUAGUCCUAGAAUCUUCCCGCCCUCUGCUAAAAAUCCUAUAAAUACCAUCACUCUGUUUUCUACUCAUUUCAUCACAAUCUCAUUUUUCUCACCUCCCUCCUCCUUUCUCUGCAUCCAAUUUCUUUUCUUUCCUUUGCUCAUUAAAAAAAAGAACAAAAAAACCAUGUCAAUCCUCAGAGCCAGCUGUGCUGUAUUAGUCCUUCUUUUGGGUGUUCUGAUUCUCCACGACAGUGAUGCCGCCGCCGCUGCCGCCUACCAAGGGGCAACUGCCCCCAUCCCUGCAAAGUCCCCAGCACCAUCAAAGGCACCAAUACCGGCACCAGGUCCCCCAAUAGAUUGUGAUGCUGCUUGUGGGAGGAGAUGCUCAGAGACAAAGAGGCCCCGUUUAUGCAAGAGGGCUUGUGGGAGCUGCUGCCACACCUGCAAUUGCGUUCCACCUGGCACUUACGGCAACUAUGAAUACUGUCCUUGCUACUUCAACCUCAAGACUCACAACGACACCGAACGCAAAUGUCCUUGAACCCAACCCCGUCCCCUUCCAUCAAUCCAUCCAUCAUCUUAUUGUGUUUCGACAUUACUUAAUUUAAUUAUAUGAUGUUUUUUUUUGCUUUUAAGAGUCUUGAAUCUUGAAUUGAGGGUCUCCCUCUCCCCUCCCCUGUUUUAUUAUGUUCUUCAUCAAUCCAAUCCUUGUAUUGUUAAUUUAUCAUCAACCUAUAUUCGUUUCCAACCCCUUUAUUAUGUAAUACUGGUAUUUCUUUCUGGUAUGUGUAUCAAACUAUCGAUCAUAAUACAUAUAUAUAUAUAUAUAUAUAUCAAGU